AUGCGUCCGGAGAGCCACGCCUGCCCGACCAGAGAAAGAGAUCCGGACGCUUUCUUUGCUGCAUACGACGCUGCCAAAAAGAAGUAUCUGUCGGCGCUUCUUGCCAGGCUUAACGUCGAUGCGCUUCAGGCAAUUGCCACGCGAGCGCGUGAUGGAAUUUCUUGCAGUAUUCCAUCUUUGUCGCAGGACCUGAGCGAAGCCACCCGCUUAUCAACCGUGUCACGUCAAUGUGGCGGUCAAAACGCACACGUGGACGUCGUGUUCACGGAUGGCGUAACGUGGCUCGCCCGGUUACGGCUGGAUGAUCCGCUGUUACCGCCAGCCGAUGUGCAAGAAAAGGUCAUUGAAAGCGAGGUGGCUACACUGCACUUUCUCGCCAAGACCAAAGUCCCGGCACCUCACGUGUAUGCCUACGCAUCAACGGCGGCCAACCCGGUCGGAACUCCAUAUAUCCUGAUGGAGAAGUUGCCUGGCACGCCGCUGGACUGGCCGAGCACCAGCCCGGCCCAGCAAAAGCACGUGCUGGAGCAGCUCGUGGAUAUAUACCUCGAGCUCGAAAAGCAUCCGUUGCCGCAAACUGGCUGCUUGAUGUUCUCCAAAGACAAGAAGGAUGUGCACGUCGGUAGCUUCGUCCAGGCGCCAAACAUUGUUACACCCUCGUCAACACUGGGCCCCUUUCGGACACUGACCGCGGCAUACAUGUCCAUACUUGGUCAUCAGAUGGCAAUGCUGGCCAACGGUGAGUACGGUGCCCUUCGUGUCGACAAUUACCUCUCUUUUCUAUGGAGAAAACAAGCCCUCGCACAACUCAUCGAUGACGAACACAGCAACAAUGGGCCAUUUUACCUUAAACACUAUGAUGACAAGGGAGACCACCUCCUCGUCGAUGCCGAUUUCAACAUCACCGGCGUGAUCGACUGGGAGUGGGCAUCCGUCGAGGCGAAGCCUUACGCGUUUGGCUCACCCUGUAUGCUGUGGCCUGUCGGCGAGUUUUACGAGGGAAGCAACAUUCUCGCAGCCAAUGAGACUUUGUUCGCUGAAUUGAUGUCCUCGCGCGGUGGACGAGAUGAUUUGGCAACACUGGUGCGUGACGGGCGGCCAUGGCAGCGCUACCUCUUUUUUCUAGGCGGCGGGCUACCGUCGACGUUGGAUGAAUUUGAGCCGCUGUUUCGUGGCCUACAAAAUGCUUUUUCGGGCGGCGGCAAGGAAAUAAAAGUACCAUACCGAUACGCGGAGUGGAAGAGUCAAGUUAUUGACAACUUUAUAAAAGAAGAUCCGGACUUUGCCACGUUGGUGUCAAAGGCAGGUGAGGAGUAG